AUGGUAAAAAGAAAGAAGGAAGAUUUCCAAAAUUUCGUGAGUGAUGUUUUGCAGAAGUCAAUGCUUACCGGAAUACCACAGAUUGCAAGUGCUGGUAAUUUACCCAAAAGAGUCAUACGCGUCGUUGUCUUUAUAGCUUGUUUAUUGGGAUUUAUUUACCAAUCUAUUUUGUUCAUGCAAAUGUACUGGAAAUACGAGACGGUCAUUGAUGUGAAAGUAACAAAUCCGGACAAAAUUGAUAUGCCAUCCAUGACUAUAUGCAAUUACAAUGGUUUCUCCUAUUACCAGAAUAUCCGUUGCCCCCACACUCUGGCCGGCUUAAUGAACGUCUGCUAUACUUUAAAUACUCUCAUUGAACGACCCGAUGCCGAGCCGCAGAAAGUUCUGUCGGAUGGAUACAUGAUCAUGACCUUGAAUCCGAAUCCCGUCGAAUACCACACGCUCGUCAACACCGUCUCCAUGCAGGUGUCUUUUCACCACCCCAGAGAGGUGAUCAACCCCUAUGAACAAGGCUUUGCGAUGUAUCCUGGAUAUAACUACUACUUCAGGAUGAAAAAGGUUGUGAAGUACCUGCUGCCAGCUCCAUACGAGACAAACUGUAUCGAUUAUCUAGAAAUAUGGAAAUCAAGGGGAGGACGAGGACCCAUGAAUCAAAGGGGCUGUAUCCUGGAGUGUCAGAAGAAUGUGAGUCUAGAAGCAUUUGGGUGCGUGGAGUACAGCUUCCGAGGUCCUGGGAAUGAGAGGAGAUGUCCUGAUUUAAAAAAUAUAAAUCCACUUUUAUCAAAGAUAAGAGAAUGUGCCACACUCAACUGCAAACCUGCUUGCUACGAAGAAAAGUAUGAAGUGACCAAAGACAGCGUUGACAGAGCACUUUUGCAAGAUUGUGGAGAAGAUGAAGAUGAAGAAAAAAAUGAACUAGAAAUACGUCUGUACUUUGAUGGUAUGGAAACCACAACUUACACUUACAGCCCAAAAUUUCAGAACAUCGAGACAUUCAGCUAUUUAGGUGGUUACGUCGGAAUGUGGUUAGGAAUUUCCCUGGUUGCUGUGUUCGACUUCUUGGAGACGAUGGUGAUCAUGCUGAAGUAUCCAUGCAAGCGAUUCCUCCUCUACAAAGACAGGAGGAAUCGCAUCAAGCAGAUGAGGCAGAUGCACCACCGGAACAUGUAA